UCUGCGCAGUGACACACGGAAAUGGGCCAUUCUCGUAAAAUAGUUGCUACAAAUGGAAGCCCAGGCUUCGUCUUCAACCUGCGAAGUAAAUGUUGCUCGAUAAUAUCGUUUUAGCCUGAUGACUGUUGAUUUGCAGGAGUGUCUUCAUUAGAAAGCAUGGCGGGAGCAUGGUCCAUCGGGGAUAAAAGGAUUCCCCCCAAGACAGUAGACCCUGGAGUGCCACUAUCCCCCAGCAAUGCCUCUAUGCCCAGCCUCACUAUCAACGUUACCGAAAUGCUUCGGUCCGGUUCUGGCACAGAGAGGAAGCCGGUUGCAAUCCGGCCCCCAGGCCCAAGGCCCCCAGGGGCCAAAGAACUGGAGUUCAGACGGGGGGUCUCCUGUGAACCAGCACCCAAACCCAUCAUCUGGGGCCGCUCUCGUUCUCUGCCCUCCCCUAACGAGAGGAGGCGGCAGUCUCGCAGUGCCAGGGUGCAUUUUGUGGACUCUCUGGGUGUGGAUCUGGAGGACGUGAAGGUUUUCAGAACCGGAGAAGACCCCUUUGUGCCACAUCAUGUCACAUUCAGGCUGUUGAUGGGCGCGGAGUUGGCGGGGGGAAAGAACCUGGAGAUUUCUCUGCCGUACCUGAAACCAGUGUUCCCCCAUCAGCCGGGAGACGACCCCGACUUCCUCACGUGUCUGCAGAAGCGGAAGGUGUGCCUGGAGCGGGUUUUGUGCUUCGAGUUGGGCAUCAUUGGCAUCACCCAGGUCGUCAACCUUGACUUUCAGAAAGAGGUCAGCGUGCGUUACUCUUUCACAGAAUGGAAGAGCUUCACAGAAACCAAGGCUUCAUGGGUGUCCACUGUCGCCAAGCCCCGGGAGGAAGAUGACGGCCAGCUCAGCUGUGACACAUUUCGUUUCCACUUGCCCGUGCCCCCUUUUCUGCAGGCUGGGGCGGGGCUGGAGUUUGCCAUCCGUUACAAAGUGUGUGGCACUGAGUUCUGGGACAACAACAAUGGACAGAACUAUAAGUUGAUCAACCAUAGCUACAAGCUAACAGUACCCAAGGAGUGUGAGGACAGCAUGGUGCACUUUAUUUAGAAAAGCACAUAAAAGGAAUAAAAAAAAUACAAUGGGCACUUUUGGAUUUUUUGUAGCAAGCAUUAGACAGCAGUUCAGUGCAGUUUAACAUAGAAGAAAAUACAACAUACUUCACUGAGACACAAAGUUUGGUUGCCAAACAUCAAUGCCACAAAAACACAGUGUGAAGGCACGGGUUUUGUAUUUGUAAAGGGGCACAUGUUUCCCUGUAGUGGAUGUUGGUUUUAACAAAUGCACUUUGAACUUAAAACUGAGCACAUUUUAUUGUGAAAUUCUGUAGGUGUUUUCUAACUGAAUUAUGCACUUUUACCAGUUAGUUUUCUACUGGUUGGAUGUGUUAUUUUAUUUUAUUAUAUUUUAAUCAUGUUUUUAGGUGAUUAAUUGUGAAACAACCCUUGCUGAUUUGUAGUAUGCUACAAUACUGAAACGAGAUUUGUUGCCAAACAUUCUACUAUGCAAAUAAUUUGAUGAUGGGGCAAGUUUAACAUCAGGCCCCUGAAUCGUUAGCCUAGCAAAUACACUGUUAUACACUGAUCCUCACUUGUACUAAUGUAAAACACAGACUUGAGUAAAACUGGAUCGAUGAAUUUGAA